GUCACCGGCCGGGUGCCAGCGGAAGGACGUGCGGCGGCGGUGCGGCCUGGGCAACGGCCGAUCUAACGAUGGUUGGGAUGUCGGCUCUGAAGCGACUGUCGCCUUUCGCUCACGUUGGAGGCCACCUCUUCAGAGGCCGCUGCGCGCGGGCCGCUGGAGCCGGUGGCGUCCGUCGAGCUGGCGGAGGUGUGCACAUCGAGCCUCGGUACAGACAGUUCCCGCAGCUGACCAGAUCCCAGGUGAUCCAGGCUGAGUUCUUCAGUGCGACCAUGUGGUUCUGGAUUCUCUGGCGCUUCUGGCACGACUCAGAUGCUGUGCUGGGUCACUUUCCUUAUCCCGACCCUUCCCAGUGGACGGAUGAGGAAUUGGGUAUCCCUCCGGAUGAUGAAGACUGAAAACAGAGGCUCAGCUCUUGCCAAAUGGGUGCACCCCAUGUUUCUUGUUAUGUUUAACAUUUGUCUGUAAACAUGUUUUGACUUUGCACCUAUGAUGGUUCCGAAGAAACAGUGCAUUUUAUAAUAGCAUAAAGAAUAAUUAACACAUCACGUCUAAUUUCUGCUUUUCCUAUUUUCACAUUUGCUGUCAUUCUGCCUCCUCUUCCCCCUACACACUUUUAGUCUUAUCUUCCUUUUCCUUUUAUGUUUCAAAAAAUUAUUUUUUCUUAAGCUUUGUUACAGUUUAGAGUCCCAUUUGUCUGUCUAUUGAUCAAAGACUUUAAGCACCAGCUGUGCUGGACAAGAUAGAUAGCUUGUUUGUAGUUGCACAAAUAGUUCUAAUGAAAAAUUUGAGCAUAUGGGAAUGUUGCAUAUUG